CAAACGAGCUGGUCGGCAGCAGUGCGGGGGAUUUGGAAACGCAGCUCCUCCGCUCCGCCAGUCACUACAGAGCCACACCAGGGCAUGAAACAAACGUGAAUCAUGCCCGUCGUCAUUUGUGCCGACUGGGAGCGGAGCCGAAAUUGUGAAAGAUACGGAUAAUACCAGGAGGAGGAGGAGGAGGAGGAGAGGUGGAUCGAGUCGGGCUGCCAGGUCUCUUCCUUGUGGAAAAUGCCUCCUCUGGGACUCCGCUGCUGGCGCUCGGACCCGUCGCACUAUGCCGCCCACCUCUCAUGUGUUUUAUUUUAAAGAAGACGAAGGAGCAGCAGUGACCUGGAUAAGAGGCGCAUAGGCAGAAAACCAAAGGGCGUGUGGGAUUUAUAUAUACUUUUUUUUUUUCUUGAGCGUGAACAAGAAGCGGGGGGGAGAGAAGAAAAAAAAGUUGUGGCUGGUGUUUUUUGUUUUGUUUUUGUUUUUAAAAAAAGGAGCAAACAUGGGGAACGCAGGGAGCAUGGACCAGCACACCGACCUGAGGGGACACAACAUGCCCCUGAAACUCCCCAUGCCGGAGCCAGGGGAGCUGGAGGAGAGGUUCGCACACGUUUUGAACUCGAUGAAUCUUCCUCCAGACAAGGCCCGGCUGCUGCGGCAGUAUGACAACGAAAAGAAGUGGGAACUAAUCUGCGAUCAGGAGCGAUUCCAAGUUAAGAACCCGCCUCACACGUAUCUCCAAAAGCUGAGGAGCUAUCUAGACCCCGCAGUGACACGAAAGAAAUUCAGACGGAGGGUACAGGAGUCUACCCAAGUCCUGAGAGAACUGGAAAUUUCGUUGCGGACCAAUCAUAUAGGGUGGGUGAGGGAGUUCCUAAAUGAAGAGAACAAAGGUCUAGAUGUGCUGGUGGAGUACCUUUCUUUCGCGCAGUAUGCUGUCACAUAUGAUGGUGACUGUUUGGAAAACAACUCAGAGCCUAUUAUGGACAAGUCCAAGACCUGGAGUCGGUCUAUAGAAGACCUGCAUGGAGGAGGAACCCUGCCAGCCCACAUCACAGGGAACGGCAUCACUCGAGGCGGGCGACAUUCCACGUUACGUAGUCAUCUGCUCUUUUGUGCACCACUCUUCGACAGCAGGAUGCCGGGUUCACUGAACUGUCCAAAGUGUUCUCAGAUGAGACGCUGCAGCACACUGCCGAGCAGGAGAACGCUGAAAAACUCCAGACUGGUUUGCAAAAAGGACGACGUCCAUGUUUGCAUCAUGUGCCUACGUGCCAUCAUGAACUAUCAGUAUGGCUUCAACAUGGUCAUGUCGCACCCGCAUGCUGUGAAUGAAAUUGCACUAAGUCUCAACAAUAAAAAUCCACGAACCAAAGCUCUGGUUUUGGAGCUCCUGGCGGCAGUUUGUCUCGUGAGAGGAGGCCACGAAAUUAUUCUCUCUGCGUUCGACAACUUUAAGGAGGUAUGCAUGGAGACGCAGCGGUUUGAGAAGCUUAUGGAGUACUUCAAGAAUGAAGACAACAACAUUGACUUCAUGGUUGCUUGUAUGCAGUUCAUCAACAUUGUUGUGCACUCAGUGGAGGACAUGAACUUUAGAGUUCACCUACAGUACGACUUCACCAAGCUGGGCUUGGACGACUACUUGGAUAAACUGAAGCACACCGAGAGCGAUAAGCUCCAGGUUCAGAUCCAGGCCUACCUGGAUAACGUGUUUGACGUCGGAGCGCUGCUCGAGGACGCAGAGACCAAAAAUGCUGCCCUGGAACGGGUGGAGGAGCUGGAGGAGAACAUGUCACAUAUGACGGAGAAGCUGCAGGACACGGAGAAUGAAGCUAUGGCCAAGAUUGUGGAGCUGGAGAAGCAGCUGAUGACGAGGAACAAGGAGCUUGAAGCCAUCAAAGACGUCUACAAAGACACCACCUCUCAGAUUCACUCGCUGAGGCAGAUGCUGAAGGAGAAGGACGAGGCCAUCCAGCGCCAGAGUAAGCUGGAGAAGAAGAUCCACGAGCUGGAGAAGCAGGGGACCAUCCGCAUCCAGAAGAAGGGAGACGGAGACAUCUCCAUCCUGCCGUCCGCGCCGUCCGGGGUGGAGGGUUUGGUGAGUGCCUUCGCGGGGGCAAACGGCACGGCUGUCGGCCAGAGCCACGCAGGAGGCGUGCCCGCUGUGCAUCCACCGCCGCCUCCUCCCCCGCCACCGCCUGUCAACGGACAACUGCCAAAUGGACCGUCGACGGACAUCCCAGCCGCAGCCGCCCCACCUCCGCCGCCGCCUCCCCCACCGCCGCCGCCUCCACCCCCUGGGCUCCCCUCGGCGACGUCUGCCCCUGUGCCUCCCCCACCCCCUCCUAUGGCGCCCCCUCUGCCCGGGUGUGGGACGCCCACUGUGAUCAUGAACUCAGGGCUGGCAGAGGGACCCAUCAAACUUUUCUCUGUUAAGAUAAAGAAACCCAUCAAGACAAAGUUUCGCAUGCCUGUCUUCAACUGGGUAGCCCUGAAACCAAACCAGAUCAACGGGACCGUCUUCAACGAGAUCGAUGACGAGAGGAUACUUGAGGACCUAAAUGUUGAUGAGUUUGAGGAGAUGUUUAAGACUAAAGCUCAGGGCCCAACCAUCGACCUCACCAUGAGCAAGCAGAAGAUCACACACAAGGGACCCAGCAAGGUGUCCCUGCUGGACUCCAACAGGUCAAAGAACCUGGCCAUCACGCUGAGGAAAGUCAGCAAGACCAAUGAGGAGAUCUGCAAGGCCAUUCAGCUGUUCGACCUGCGGACUCUGCCGGUAGACUUCGUGGAGUGCCUGAUGCGCUUCCAGCCCACCGAGAACGAGGUCAAAAUCCUGCGACAGUUCGAGAAGGAGCGCAAGCCUCUGGAGAGCCUGACCGACGAGGACCGCUUCAUGAUGCAGUUCAGCAAGAUCGAGCGGCUCAUGCAGAAGAUGACCAUCAUGGCCUUCAUCGGAAACUUCAGCGAGAGCGUGCAGAUGCUCACGCCGCAACUGCACGCCGUCAUCGCCGCCUCCGUGUCCAUCAAGUCGUCGCAGAAGUUAAAGAAGAUUUUAGAGAUUAUCUUGGCGCUUGGAAACUACAUGAACAGCAGCAAAAGAGGAGCGGUGUAUGGAUUCAAGCUGCAGAGUUUAGACCUGCUGCUUGAUACCAAGUCGACGGACCGCAAGUUAACGCUGCUGCACUACAUCGCCAACGUGGUCAAAGAGAAAUACCCGCAGGUGUCUCUCUUCCACAAUGAGUUGCACUAUGUGGAGAAGGCGGCUGCAGUGUCGCUGGACAACGUCCUGCUGGACGUGAAGGAGCUGCAGAGAGGCAUGGAGCUGACCAGGAGAGAGUACAGCAUGCACGGCCACAACACCAUGCUGAAGGAUUUCAUCACGCACAACGAGAGCAAGCUGAAAAAGCUGCAGGAUGACGCCAAAGUCGCCCAGGACGCCUUCGACGAGGCUGUGAAAUUCUUCGGAGAGAACUCUAAAACGACGCCGCCGUCUGUUUUCUUCCCGGUGUUUGUGCGAUUCGUCAAGGCUUACCGGCAAGCGGAGGAGGACAACGAGCAGAAGAAGAGGCAGGAGCAGCUCUUGAUGGAGAAACUUCUGGAGCAAGAGGCCAUGAUGGAGGAAGACCAGAAGUCUCCCUCCCAUAAAAACAAGCGGCAGCAGCAGGAGCUCAUCCAGGAGCUCAGGAGGAAGCAGGUGAAGGACAGCCGUCACGUCUACGAGGGCAAAGACGGCGCCAUCGAGGACAUCAUCACGGAACUAAAGAAGAAUAAUAUUACUAAAUUCCCAAAUGUCUGCAUGAGGGUAAGGAAGUCCUCCAGUAGCACCCCUGUAGUGGUGGAUGUGUCCCAGACCUGGCAAGCAUUUCUUUAUUACCUCCCUUCCUCUUUCAGAUUUUGUUUGUUCAGGUUCCUCUCCUCCAUCUGUUCUCCCUGAAUAUUAGAAAUCUGGCUUUCUUUAGUUGUUUCUUCACUCUUUUAAUUGAAUGAUAAUGCAUCUUGAUUACACAAGAUGGAUGAGAAGUUUCUGGAUUCAUGCAGAGGUUUAAUGUAAACAAACAAAUAAUAUCUUAGACUUGUUUUAUCCUGUGUGCUUAGAUCUCAUGCUGCUUUGAAAAGCUAGGCUACCAGCACUCCUGAGCGCGUGGCCUCAUAAAAAGAAAAAGAAAAACUAAACAGUGAGAUGAUACGCUGACCCAUAGCUCUCCUCCCCCAUCCCUUCUUCCUCCCGCUUCUCCCAGAUUUGAGGAACCAGCCGUACAGGCGAGCGGACGGCGUGCGGCGGAGCGUCAGGAGGCGCUACGACGACCAGAACCUGCGGCCGGUGAACAACGGAGAGGUGGUCAUGUGACGAGGGCGAACAGAGGACGUGCAGGACGGGACGGGAGGAGGGGAAGGAGGAAAAGAUGGCGCGAAAGAAAGUCUGAUGCAGAACGGAUAUUGGUCGUUUGUAGCAAAUAUGGAGAGGACUAUAUAUAACCGCUGAGGUCAAACAAUGAAGGACUGAGUCGUGUUUGAGACUGACUAUAAUGUAGAAAUCAAGCCAAGUGCCUGAAUUGUUUUCUUUGUUUUUGUGAACUUGUUUUCUUUAGGUUGGAUGUUUUAAUUAACCCCACUUAAAGCAAUCUGACUUAAGCUGGCUUUAAUGUUAACGAGAUAUAAAACUGGACAUGCAGUGGCCUUAGUAGCCAUGUGAAAUGAUGUUACCCUGGAAAAGAAAGUGUAGAAUGUACGGGAAGUUUAUUUCCCCCCCCCCCCCCUCUCUCUCUUCGCCGUUUUCUAACAACCCGUGACACAUUCCGGUGCUCUCGUUCAUUCCUCACAAACUUUUUAAAGUCAUCUCAUUCUUACUUUAAUAAACCGGGGUGAAGUGGCAUGAAGAAAAUAAACAAAAAAGAUUUAAAAACUCUAUAUUUGUACUAAAAUUAUGUUUAAAAAGAAAAAAAAAUAUGUUAAAAAGCAUAGACCAUGCUAAUGUGAACUGUAAUUUAUUGCAUACAUCUACAUACUAUUUACAGUGCACUACAAAGGUAUUCGCACUGCUUGAACCUUUUGGCAACGCAAACUUUAAUGUAUUUUAUUGGGAUUUUAUAUGAUAGACCAACACAAAGUGGUGCUUUAUUGUUCAUUGGAAGGACUUUGAAGCAUGGCUUAAAAAA